UUUACUUUUAAUUUCAGAUACGAGGCUUGGGUCAUAUAUAAUUUUCUAUCACUGUGCCUGGCAUGGGUUGGCGGCCCAGGGUCUGUUGUUUUAAGUUUGAGUGGCCGAGUUCUAAAGCCAAAUUGGUGUCUGAUGACCUGCUGCUUUCCUCCACUUCCUUUGGAUGGGCGCUUUAUUCGAAGGUGCAAGCAGGGAUGUUUGCAGUUUGUGAUUCUCAAGCCCAUAUUAGUGGCAGUUACAAUCAUACUUUAUGCAAAAGGAAAAUACGAGGAUGGAAAUUUCAGUCCAAUGCAGUCGUACCUCUACCUCACAAUUAUAUAUACUAUCUCAUACUCGAUGGCACUUUAUGCCUUGGCUUUGUUUUACGUGGCAUGCAAAGAUUUGCUCCGGCCAUUUAAUCCAGUUCCGAAGUUUAUCAUUAUAAAAUCUGUCGUAUUCCUUACAUACUGGCAGGGUGUUCUGGUGUUUCUUGCUGCAAAAUCUAGACUUAUUAAAGAUACCGAGGAAGCUGCUGAAUUUCAGAAUUUUAUAAUUUGUGUUGAGAUGCUUAUUGCAGCUUUUGCUCAUCUUUAUGCCUUCCCAUAUAAGGAAUAUGCUGGUGCAAACAUUGGUCCUUCUCGUGGUUUUACUGCUAGCCUUGGACAUGCCCUUAUGCUAAAUGACUUUUACCAUGACACGGUCCACCAGUUCGCUCCUACUUAUCAUGAUUAUGUUCUCUAUAAUCAUGGUGAUGGUGAAGAGGGGGGUGCAACUAAGUACAGGGCAAGGACAUUCGUCCCAACUGGCCCAGAGAUGGAUACUGUUAGGAAAAAUAAGCACAUAUUUGGAAACAAACAGGAAGAUGUACAAUUAUCUAGUCUCUCUCCCUCUGCUAAUAACAACAAUCCACAAAAUCCUGGUGCAGGACACCAGACAGGGAAAUCCGAAGCAAUGAAUUGCUCGCUGCUUAUGGAUGCAUCAAAUAAUGUUUCAGCGCCCUAUGACCUAUCACUGAUUGACGUAGACAUUUCAAAUUAUCCAUCUAAGGUACCUGCAGCCAAUUCUGGGACAAGAUGAUAAUGACAUUGGAUUUUCAUCCGUGUGUGAAUUUUUCUUUAUUUUUUGUUGGGAAUUAGAUGUGCACUAGCGAUCCAGAUUGUGUUGCUAUGGAGCUCAGAGUUGUAACUUAGUCUGUAAAUGUAGGCAAAGCUAGUUUUCAGCCAUUUCUUUUUUAUUGUUUGAUCCUAUUUCCAUAUGUAGUGUAAUUAGAGAAACCUCAGUUAUGUUUGCACUCGAAUGAUUUAACUCUAGCUCAUUAUAUAUUACUCAAGGAACUUUUAUUGGAGUU